AUGAUGUGUGUGCAGGACGAGGUUUGGAGGGAGAAGGAUCGGGGAACCGGGGACUUGUUCCUCGUUCCAGACUCUGAACGUGCCUGGCUGCCUCUCCCUGCCGGCUUUCGGGGCCCCGUGUGGGCCCAGAGCACUGCCCCCCUCCUGCCUCGAUUCUGCUUUAUUCAGGCUUCCCUCGCCAAGAGCGUGUUAUCAAAGCCUUCAGAAGCUGGAGGGAAAGAAACCAUCAUGGGGGGCUUCCGAGAAGAAGUGAUGUUUGAAGCCGAAGAGAUGGAGGGCUGGGAGCAGUGUCAGGGAAGAUGUACUCCAGCCGUGCAAGGACAAAAGUCACUGAUGCCCAUUAAAAGGGAUCCAGGGGACCGCUUCACUCUGGGCUUGGAGCUGAUGCUCUCCGUCAACUCUCACAUGCCAUGCAAAUGUGAUGAACAGCAUCUCCGGCUCCACAGCAUCUCCGGCUCCGCCAUUAGUGGCCCGUUGGGUGGGACGGGGGUGAGCUCAUUGGAAGGCAGAGCCCUGGCAGAGGGAGCCCCCGGGACUCUGCACACCCCCCCACACUCACUUCUGCACACCCAGAUGCUCAUCUGCGCGGCUGAGGUCAAAAUGGAAGGGGAGCAUCCUCUCGCAAGGACCCGUCUUCCACACCGAGGUUCCGCGUUGCUGCGGGUAGCUCAGCCAAUGAUGUCACCUGGCCAAUUUGGGACGAUAGCAGGGACUGUCUGUCGAGACCCCUCUCAGGCCAGAUCCACACCGGAUGCUGGGGUUAGAACUUGCUCGAGGUCACAAAGGGGCCACAUGGCGGAGUUUGAAUUCAUCCAGGAGUGCCUCUAA